AUGUCCAAGCCCGACGAGACCUACACGCUGUACAGCUACUUCCGCUCCUCGGCGUCGGCGCGUGUGCGCACGCUGAUGGCGCUGCACCACAUCCCCUACGACGUCAAGUUCAUCCAUCUCCUGAAGCAGGAGCAGUCGUCGGACGAGUACACCAAGCUCAACGGCAGCCAGACGGUGCCGACGCUCGUCGUCCAGCCCGGUCAGGGCGACAAGUGGAACCUCGGCCAGUGCAUCGCCAUCAUGGAGUACCUCGACGAGAAGUGGGGACCUCAGAGCAAGUACGGACGUCUCCUGCCCGAGAACGCCAAGGACCGCGCCCUAGUCCGCUCCAUUGUCGACCAGGUCGUUGGCGACCUCUUCCCGAUGCUCAACUCGGCCACCCUCGGCGCCGUCACCGACUUUGGCGGCGACAAGAUCAAGUGGGCCGAGAAGUGGAGCGACAAGUUCCUCAUGGCCCUCGAGCGCCUCGUCUCCAAGACCUCGACGAACGGCAAGUACUGCUACGGUGACAGCCUGACGCUCGCCGACGUUUCGCUCGCGCCCCAAAUGUACACCGUCCUCCGCUUCUACCCCCAGGCGCUUGAGAAGGUCCCCACUGUCAAGAGCAUCUUUGAGAACAUCUCCAAGCUUCCCGAGUUUGUCCAGGCCGACUACAAGCACCAGCCCGACACCCCCGACGAGCUCCGCGAGAACUAA